AUGUGUUUUCGAUAUGCGAUAUUGAACAUUCGUCCUUUGAUAAUCUUAGUGGUAUUUGCUGAUUUGACACUCUUCAGCGUCCUUGUAUGUGGUCAGAACUCCGUCCUUGGCCAGGAAGCAAAUGAUUGGACGACGACCGAGUUUGAACCGACGGAUAAGUGGCUGACGGCGGAGGACGAAUUCGGUGUCACUCGUGGAGAUUACGAAAGGUCAGAAGGCAGAAGCUGCUUGAGACGAGAUUUGGUGUUCGUCAACAACUCACCGGUCGCUACCGAGCUGGUCAACAACGACUUGUUUUGCGUCGUAUAUGACAAUUCGAAAGUUGAGCAGUUUUACGAAGAGUUCAGUCCUGCUGUGACCCUGGAAAAGUUCGCAGAAUAUGAAAACAAGCGACGUUUCCGUACGGUUGAUUAUCUACGUAGCGAGGACACGGUUUCCCGUUAUGGCCAGCAAUACAAGACAGGUGAUCCGGUGUUGAUCGUUCCGGACCAUGGAGUUGUCACCGAAUUGCCGCUACCUCAUCCUUCAAUCGCAAGUACCUGCAACUACAGGGCGCCGGCAAGGUACAUAUGCAAGGAAUUUUCUCACCUUCAGCUGUAA